GGCGCCCGGCUGGCGUCACCAGGACAACGGGCGUCGCCGGCGCCGUGUGACUGGGGGCUGCGGGCUCGCUCGCGGCUCUUCGGCCAUGGUUUUCUCAAACAGUGAUGAAGGCCUUAUUAACAAAAAGUUACCCAAAGAACUUCUCUUAAGAAUAUUUUCCUUCUUGGAUAUAGUAACUUUGUGCCGAUGUGCACAGAUUUCCAAGGCUUGGAACGUCUUAGCCCUGGAUGGAAGCAACUGGCAAAGAAUAGAUCUUUUUAACUUUCAAACAGAUGUAGAGGGCCGAGUGGUGGAAAAUAUCUCGAAGCGAUGUGGUGGGUUCCUGAGAAAGCUCAGCCUGCGAGGCUGCAUUGGUGUUGGUGACUCUUCCUUGAAGACCUUUGCACAGAACUGCCGAAACAUCGAACAUUUAAAUCUCAAUGGGUGCACAAAAAUCACUGACAGCACGUGUUAUAGCCUUAGCAGAUUCUGUUCCAAGCUGAAACAUCUGGAUUUGACCUCCUGUGUGUCUAUUACAAACAGCUCCUUGAAGGGGAUCAGUGAGGGCUGCCGAAACCUUGAGUACCUGAACCUGUCUUGGUGUGAUCAGAUCACUAAGGAUGGCAUUGAGGCUCUGGUGCGAGGCUGUCGAGGCCUAAAAGCCCUGCUUCUGAGGGGCUGUACACAGGUACCAAAGGGCGGCCCAGCUGUGCACCGUAUGUGUCAGCUAGAAGAUGAAGCUCUGAAACACAUUCAGAAUUACUGCCAUGAGCUCAUGAGCCUCAACUUACAGUCCUGCUCGCGAAUCACGGAUGAGGGUGUGGUGCAGAUAUGCAGGGGUUGCCACAGGCUGCAGGCCGUCUGCCUUUCAGGUUGCAGCAACCUCACAGAUGCCUCUCUCACAGCCCUGGGUUUGAACUGCCCAAGACUGCAGAUUUUGGAGGCUGCACGAUGUUCCCAUUUGACUGAUGCAGGCUUUACACUUUUAGCUCGGAAUUGCCACGACCUGGAGAAGAUGGAUCUUGAAGAAUGCAUCCUGAUAACCGACAGCACACUCAUCCAGCUCUCCCUUCACUGUCCUAAACUGCAAGCCCUGAGCCUGUCCCACUGUGAGCUCAUCACAGACGAUGGGAUCCUGCACCUGAGCAACAGCACCUGUGGCCACGAGAGGCUGCGGGUACUGGAGUUGGACAACUGCCUCCUCAUCACGGACGUGGCCCUGGAACACCUGGAGAACUGCCAGGGCCUGGAGCGCCUGGAGCUGUACGACUGCCAGCAGGUUACCCGUGCAGGCAUCAAGCGGAUGCGGGCUCAGCUCCCUCAUGUCAAAGUCCAUGCCUACUUUGCACCUGUCACCCCGCCCACAGCAGUGGCAGGAAGUGGACAGCGACUGUGCAGGUGCUGUGUCAUUCUCUGACAGCAGCUGCCCAGGCCUGAGGGGUGACGAGGCAUCCCUUCCUCCAGAAGGCCCGAGUCUUCCUGACUUACUCAUCACCCAAACCUGUUGAUUCUCCAUUGGGAAAGGCAUUUACAGGUAAAAGACUUCUGUAUGGAUUGCAGUAACUCUGGUGAUGGCUUUCACCUUUAUUCUGCUGUGAUACAAUCAAAUCAAAGCCUUGUGUCAGUUAACACGUGGCAACUGGUCUCAGUACAGCUAGGACCAUGCCAGAAAUCUGGAUCUCCUAAGAGGUGGGUGCCUACUUUAGGUACCAAAGUCCUACCCUUGGCUUUAUCAGCAUUCCUCAAACAGACCAUCAGUGUUAGCACAAAUCGAGCAGAAAAAAUAAGCUGUUGAUUUUCUACCUGACACUUAAGCCAGUGGCCUAUUUUUAAUUCACAAUGAUUCCAUUUUGAUCAGCAGGACUUUUCCACUUUGAAGAUUAAAUGGCAACUUUUUCAAAGUGAUUGUACUGCAGAUUCAUAAUGCCUGAUAGUUUUAUAUGUUGAGACUUACGUGGAAGGCAUGGUAAUAGGUUUUCUUAAGACACCAAA